GUGGACCCUCUCUGGCCCCAUACGUCACUUCCUUUUGCGUGCGUCUGCGGGGCUGCUUUACUGUCUGGCUGGGACAGAGUGCUUCCUUCCACGCUAAGCAGACGACUAACCACAUUAAACCCAUAAAGAGGGGGGUUUUAUCUGUCCAGGAUUUGGAAAUUAUUCGUACUCGUAUUCGACAUAAAUAUCCAUCAAGUUGGAGCUCGGUGGACUUUAUUCUCUCGCGGGCUCGCAUACGCUUCAGUGAACCACUGCAGCAGCAACAGACCAAGCACGCCGCCGCCGCCGCUGUUGUUGUGAGAGAAGAAAACAAGCUCAGCGAGCAGUCAGCUAAGCUGUGUGAUCAUUGACAGAGUUCAAUACACACAAGCUUCAAGUGAUAACUAGUGGGAGCUUUUGUGCAGCGUACUUCCAAAGCCUAUUCAAGAGCCGACCAGCUGGGAAUAUUUUUUUUUGCUGAAGUCGAGGUGUUACAUGAUAUAUAUUUUUUUAUCUGAGCCACUGUCAGGCACUUGACCAAUAGGAACCGCACAAUUUCCAACAGCUUGUCUGCAGCCCCCUACCAACCCAGACAGUCUUCUGCCCCAGCAUGAAUGAAGUCAGUGUUGUGAGAGAGGGAUGGCUCCACAAGAGAGGUGAAUACAUUAAAACAUGGCGGCCUCGUUACUUCAUCUUAAAGAGCGAUGGAUCCUUCAUCGGCUACAAAGAGAAGCCUGAGGUGUCCAGUGACCACAGCCUCCCACCACUCAACAACUUCUCUGUCGCAGAAUGCCAGCUGAUGAAGACGGAGCGCCCAAGGCCCAACACUUUUGUCAUUCGAUGCCUGCAAUGGACCUCCGUUAUUGAGCGCACCUUCCACGUAGACAGCAAUGAGGAGAGGGAGGAAUGGAUGCGAUCGAUCCAGGCAGUGGCAAAUAGCCUGAAGAGUCAGCAGCAGGAUGAGGAGCCCAUGGAGAUUAAAUUUGGCUCACCAAGUGACGGCAGCUGCACAGAGGAGAUGGAGAUUGCUGUGUCCAAAUUACGCACAAAAGUGAACAUGAGUGAUUUUGACUAUCUGAAGCUGCUGGGAAAAGGGACAUUUGGUAAAGUGAUCCUGGUGAAGGAGAAGGCCACAGGGAUGUACUACGCCAUGAAAAUCCUCCGCAAAGAAGUCAUCAUUGCUAAAGAUGAAGUGGCACACACUGUUACAGAAAGCAGAGUUCUUCAAAAUACGCGGCAUCCCUUUCUAACAACACUAAAAUAUGCAUUUCAAACGCAUGACCGGCUAUGCUUUGUGAUGGAGUAUGCAAAUGGCGGAGAACUCUUCUUUCACUUAUCGCGGGACCGAGUGUUCACAGAAGACAGAGCAAGAUUCUAUGGUGCAGAAAUAGUGUCAGCACUGGAGUACCUACACUCACGCAACGUAGUUUACAGGGAUUUAAAGCUGGAGAACCUCAUGUUAGACAAGGACGGCCACAUAAAGAUAACCGACUUUGGGCUGUGUAAAGAGGGCAUCACAGACGGUGCCACCAUGAAAACCUUCUGUGGAACCCCAGAGUACCUGGCACCAGAGGUGCUAGAAGACAACGACUACGGACGAGCGGUGGACUGGUGGGGACUGGGCGUGGUCAUGUAUGAGAUGAUGUGUGGUCGGUUGCCCUUCUACAACCAGGAUCACGAGCGUCUCUUUGAGCUUAUCCUCAUGGAGGAGAUCCGCUUCCCCAAGAACUUGGCUCCUGAAGCCAAGGCCCUGCUGGCCGGCCUGCUCAAGAAGGAUCCCAAACAAAGGCUCGGGGGCGGACCAGACGAUGCCAAAGAAGUGAUGAGCCACAAGUUCUUCACCUCCAUCAACUGGAAGGAUGUUCUUGAAAAAAAGCUUAUUCCACCAUUCAAACCCCAGGUUACAUCAGAGACGGACACGCGUUACUUUGAUGAUGAGUUCACAGCACAAACUAUAACAAUAACUCCCCCUGACAAGUAUGACAGUUUAGAUCCAGAGGAUUCAGAUCAGCGCACGCACUUCCCUCAGUUCUCCUACUCUGCCAGCAUACGGGAAUGAUCACUCAGACUCUUGAACAAGCAGGCAGGCUAACACACGAUCACAAUCCCACAUACACACUUGCACUGCUGGGGAACGACACAAACAAAAAGUGGCACAAGACACAUUUUCAUUCGGUCUUUAUUGCACGCACGCACACAGACACACACACACACACACACACGCACGCAUACAUAUCCUGGCUAUUCAGAAAAGACAGGGAUCAUCGAGUAUGAAAUGAACAUGCAGGCCGUGAAUGACUGACCUCAGAAGGUUUGUGUGGAUAGACUGGCAGCUUUGUCUCUGUGCGUCUUCUCAGGGUUGGCUUUAGGCUUCCCUGCAGGACCUCUGCUGCACUACACUGGGGUACCACAUCAAAGCCUUGACACUUUGAAAACCAGGUUAUGCCAGCAAGUACCACCUCUUUACCAGCUGUACCCAUGCUACACACACACACACACAUACACAUACACACACAUACCAACCCAUGCAUAGACUGCAUAUAUAUAUAUACACAAACGUACUUGAUAGAAUUUUAAAAAGCAUAAUCAAAAUUAGGAAAAUGGAAGAGAUUUGGGGGAAAAGACACAUUUUUAUUUCAUCGAUUGUUACGGUUUUAAAUGUAAAGCCAUAUUUCUGCAUUUUUUGUGAUUCUUUUUUUUUUUUUUUUUUUAACAAGUGCUCUUUCUGGAACUUGCUGUUACAAAUCAAGUGUGGGACUGUUCCUACAGUAGGGGGAAAUGGGGAACACGGGGAGGGGAGGAGGGUUGCCAUUUCUGUGUUUGCACUGCACGUGUGUAUGAGCGGAUUGACGAGUGGAUGUGUGACUGUAUGUGUGUGUGUGCAGGAGGAUGUAUGAACAACCAUUUUGAUUCUCAACCAUCCAUUUGUGUCUGUUUUCAUGCAUGUUUUUAAACUCUGAACUAUUGCUGGAACAUCGAUGAGAGAGGACACUACACGACACAUUCAAUGGCCUUUUUUUUUUUUUUAAAGGGAACAAGCAUGUAAUUUAUGAUCGCUGUGACCAUCUUGGAGCUGAAUUUACUCGGUCAGGAAAAGAAACUGGGAUCCCCUGCAUGGCUAACCUUUGCUUUAAAAUCAGGUUCUCAGAGUCCAUGUCGCUGUGUCCAGACUGACUUACCAACCAACUAGCUGGUUGGAGUUGUAAUAGUACGUUUUCAUUAAGGCCAGUCGCUGCAGCAUGCGUUAAAGAGAGUAAGAAUAGAAGGAAAGAAGAGCAUAGAGACUAGACGCUUCACAACUGUUCCCCAACCUGUCUAGAGAGACCAAUGUAGACACACACAGCCAUUCGCUGUCCUCAAUCCAGUAAUUCUCACUCCCUAGCUGAAGAGUUAGGCACCAAUCUUUUGUUCAUUAUGAAUUUGUAAUAUCAGUGUAAGUGUUAAAGAUAUUUUCUUUUUAUGUUCCCGUAUUUAAAGAAUGAGAGUCCAAUCGUUAAGUCUUUAUAAUGAGGCCAACAGUUGACUGACUUGAUGGGCGUUUAACACUUCAAAUGAUUCCACAUCUGAUGUUUAAAACCUUUUUGUUUGUUUUCUUCAAUGCCGUGUUGACGCACUUAAAUCCGCGUCGUAUGUCUGGAGCAACAGUCUGCAGGUUCACGUUCCAACUAAACGCUGCAUGAGCUGGUCGACCAACCUUCAAACUGCAGACGGGGAACUAAUCAAAACAUCAGCUGAUGUAUUGUUCAGUUGAAAUGAAAAUCUGCAUACUUUGAGUCACGACAGCACAUGAUAACAUGCAUAUUGUGCGCUCACAUUGACACAAGCAUUUUAUAUUCCACUCGCUGGAAGAGAUGUCGGUUGCUCUUUGAUCUUCACUAAAGGAACAUCAUGAUCUUUUUGUUUGUCAGUUGUUUUGUUUUUUCUCCUUUUUUGUUUUUCUUUUUUUUUGUCCAUCUAUUUCUCAAAUUUUGGAAGACACAUUGUCUUGUUUAAGUAUACAUUAUAUUAAAAUUAUAUAUUAAAAGUUUUUAAAUGA